AUGGAACUAAGGAAUGAGAUCGCGUUGAAAGUACCAUAUGACGACUAUGCGAAGCUUCAUGAGAUGGCACACAGCCAGCACGCAGAAUUGGAGACCGUGAGAGCAGAGUUGAAGAGCAAAUACACCGAGCUCGUGGAUGUACGAAGACGCUGGAAGCAGCUUGCUCGGGAACUGGAAAAGGCGAAGCGCCAAAGCCAUAAUGUUUACCAGAUCACGGACCAAGAACUGGUUCAAAGAUUCGAACGGCUAAGAUAUAACAUCAGUAACUUUUCCAUGCGCUAUUUUGGGAUCGGGACUAUGACCACCUACCGCACUCAAUACUUCAAAAAGUAUCUCACCACCGUUAUACCUGAUGGCCACAAAAUCUAUCACUAUCUAGACUCUAAGGUCUAUCGUCCGAUCCUACUCCAGUCUUUCUUGUGGCGCGUUAUUUCCGGUGAGGUCUUGGAUUUUGCCCUGUGGGCUGGCGGGGAAAAUGGCAGUCUCCAAAACCUACUGGAUCUACUCUGGCCAGACAAGCCCAAGACAGAUCCGUCAUAUAGCCAGGUCGAGCGUAAUUAUCAUCACUGGAGAGCCAUGACAACAGGCCUGAUCAUGGAAGCUCCGGAAUGUGCAGCCGGGAAAAACGACUGUACGGAGUACUACAAACACGUCAUUUCCAAAAACAUCUACGAGACUAUCAGAAUAGUGCCGGAUGCCGACGAGCCCCGGAUAGACUGGGCCGAGUACCAACAGGACCUGCUCGAAAUUCUUGACGAGGCCAUAGUCUUCGACCGUGACAUAUAUAGACAGGCGUCACACGUGAGAUGGCUGUUCCAACUGCCGGCGAAUGCAGUAUUUGACUCGGCUACCAUGCGACUGCUCAAAGGCGAGGAGCCGACAGAGGGACAUGGACAGGUCGAGAUUCUUAUAGCGCCUGGGUUGCUUAAGACGGGCCGAUCUACUGGCGAAGAUUAUGAUAUCGAGAACUUGCUGGUGCCUCAAGAGGUGUCAUGCAAGCCAGCGUUCGUUCCUAGGAGGUAA